UGAGCGCUUACCAAGCAUUCUAAACUAAGUUGUCGUAGACUAAUUUUCUAAGAAUAAAUAAAUUAAAAAGAAAAAAUAAAGAACGAAAGCGUCACGUAGUUUGAAGAAAACGCGGCAGGAAUCACAAUGUUGAAUGAUAAUGACGUUCUGCUUACCGCUCAGUCAAAACAUGCGCUCAUUUCCUCUGAAAGUGAAACAAACGCAUUUCACUCAGCGAAAAGCUGCUUUAAUAACCACCACCCAAUUUGGUACUUUGUGUUUUUGUUUCGAGAAGAAAUCCCCCCACCAAGUUAUCAACUUCUGAAGAGACUUUUCUUCUUUUCGACGCUUUUAUUUGACCUUGUCAGCCGUCGGCUUCAGAGCAUACCAAAGAGUUAGUUCAAGUCAGAAGUUACUAAAAAAAAAUCCUAAAGUCAUUCAUCACAGAAAAGGGGAGUCAGUAUUGUCCUCACUUGCUGGAAUUUAUCACAGCUCCAGCUUUGACAGCUGAGAUGAACAGGCCACUGCUGGCUCGGAUUGACGACGACCUGGACUCUAGAGAGGUAGCAGAGCUAUGCUUCCUGUGUAGCGAUGUCAUCAACAGAAAGCAACUUGAGGAGAUCAAGUGUGCAAGGGACUUGUUCGUGAAACUGGAGGAGAAAGGUUUCCUGAACAGCACAUUCCUCGCUGAGCUGUUCCGCACCACCCGUCGAGCAGAUCUCCUCAACAUGCUGGAGAGUGACAGCAGAGAAAGGGAGGAAACUGACGCCUGUCCUGCUUACCUGUCUGAAUACAGGUUGAUGCUGUACAAAAUACACGAGGAUUUGACCGACGAUAAGGUGGAAACGUUGAAGUUCCUAGUUAACGAUCAGAUCGCCAAACGACAACUGGACAAGAGCAGCACAGCUUUAAAUGUGUUUGCUGAAAUGGAGAAGGCAGGUCUGAUCUCUAAAGACAACGUCGAUAAACUCCACGAGCUCAUGAUCAACACCGAUAAUGUACCGCUGGCAAAAACUGUCAAAGGGUACAAAGACAGACUCCCUCCCACAGGUCCAGGAGGAGGCGUUAACAAUCAUAGUGCACAACAGGAAACGAUGCCAUCUGAAGACAUAGACGAGUUCUACAGUCUGACGCAGAAUCCUCGAGGUUGUUGUGUGAUCAUCAGCAAUGAGGACUUCACGGGCUCUAAAUACAGAAAACGUCUUGGAAGCAAAAUGGACGACGAAAAUCUAAGCAACCUGUUCAAACGCUUCGGCUUUGUUCCAAUCAUACACACAAACCUGACAGCUGAUAAGAUUACAGAGAUGCUCAAAGAGCUGAGCAAGAGGGAUUUUUCUAAAGAGGAUGCCUUGGUGGUGUGUGUGCUGUCCCAUGGAGAAAGAGGCAUCAUCAUUGGCACUGAUGGAAAGGAAGUGAAACUGGACAAUCUGUUUGAUCUGUUCAAGAACGUCCCCUCCUUGUUUGGGAAGCCCAAGCUCUUCUUCAUUCAGGCAUGUCAGGACGAGGUGCCUCUGACGGCAACUCAAAAGACAAACGAGGAUGAGCAAUCCAAAGAGACGCCAUCCGAUUCUGUCUUCUCGGAUGCAAGUUGUCCUUCUAAGGAUGGAGACAUUUUGAUUGGCAUGGCCACAGUGCCUUACAGCAAAGCUUAUCGGCACACAGAAAAGGGCUCCAUAUACAUCCAGGUACUCUGCCAGGAGCUGGAAAAUGCAGCUAACAGCCCAAAGAGAGAUGACAUACUCACCGUCUUAACGCGUGUGAACAGGAAGGUCAACAACCAUUUUAUGAUACGCAAUAAGCAGAUGCCAGAGCCCAAAUACACUCUCACCAAGAGGCUCGUCUUGAGAUUUGUUGAACUGUCCGGAACCGUGCCUACGUAUUAGAUGAUCUGAUAUGCGCUGGAUUCUAGUUUACAAGUGUGCAUGGAUACGAGUCUUUGAGUUUCUGAAUGGUUCUGUUUGUUAGGUGAAUUUUUGCAUUUUGGUAAAUCAAACAUAAAAGUUGUCACAGAUUCACAUAUUUUGAAAUUUAUUAAAUAAAUCAAGA